UCUCACGAGGUGUUUUUACACGGCCUGGCGAAAAACCACUUUUAACCCCCCAAUGUUUGAUUGAAAAAAUUAGAUUUGUACAAAGCCAGAGUGUGUGAUAACCGCUUCUCAGAUUUUACAAGAUAUGGACCAAACGGCUGACCCUUGCGAUGAUUUCUAUCAAUAUACAUGUGGAAACUGGAUUGAAACCCAUCCCAUCCCCGAGAGCAAGUCUCGCAUUGGAACAUUUGACAACUUGUUUGAGAAUAAUAUGAAGGCUAUUCAAAAGAUUCUUUCAAAGGACUUCAGCUCUGUGGUAGCCGAUGUAGACGGCGAACUGCCUCCACCAGACAAAGUCAUUGAUGAACAGAACUUCAAAAAGAUCAAAGACUUUUAUGAGUCUUGUUUGGAUGAAGACUCCAUUGACAGCGUAGGCGCUGAGCCUUUGUAUCCCAUGUUUGAAGAAAUUCAAAAAUUGUUACCACUGUCGGAUUUGCAAAACCAAGAUGCCAAAAAAAUCAGCCAAGUCCUUUCCUAUCUCAUGCAAAGAGGAGUUAAUCCAUUGUUCCAACUGGCUGUCACACCUGAUGACAAAGACCCCGACUCGUAUGCUAUCCAAAUGUGGCAGUCUGGUCUUGGAAUGAACUCCAAGGAAUAUUACGAAGACGAGUUCUAUGUCAAGUCUUACCAAGACAUUGUGACGGAGAUUCUUCAAGUUUUGUUUGCAAAGGAUAAUGGCAAAUUCGGCUGGAAAUACAACAACCCUGGUGCCACUGCCAAGCGUAUUGUAGACUUCGAAAAGGCCUUGGCCAAGAUUAGCGAUACCUCCGACCAACUGCAGGAUCCCGAAAGCAUCUACAACCCAUUCACUAUCACGCAGUUACACGAGCGUUCUGCAAGUAUCGACUGGGACCUUCUCAUUACUGAGCUCCUUCCCUCAUCUGUGUCUCGUCCUAAGCAAAUUAUUGUCUCUUCGCCCAAUUACUUGGGCAACCUGUCUACUCCCCUUCUGCAAUCUACCAAUCCUCGGUCCCUGCAAUUCUACUUUAUCUGGCAUACACUUUUGAAUUACAUUGACGACUUGGGUGAAGAGUUCACGAAGCCCAAGCGCAAGCUGGACGCUCUUUUGUCGGGCGUAAGCGCUCGUGUUAGUAAGCCACGAUGGGAAUACUGCAUAAGACAAUUGGACAAUUCUCUCGGUUUCUUGGUCGGUAGAUAUUAUGUACUGGACCAAUUCAAGGGCAAUGCUCGUGAAAGAGCCGACAGCUUUGUCGAAAGCAUCAACGAUGCCUUUGUCGACCGUCUUCCCGACUUAGACUGGAUUGAUGACACCACCAAACAGCGAGCCGUUGAGAAGGUUCGCGCUUUGACACGCAAAAUUGGUUAUCCCACUGGCACGCCUGAUACUUUGUCCCCUGUUUCACUUUCCGAAUUCUAUAAUGGUCUGCACGUAAACAAAGGCGACCAUUUUGGAAACAUCCUGAGUGCUUCCGCCUUUGACGUGCGUAGUAUGUGGAAGAGAAUUGGUAAGCCGGUCGACAGGAGCAUGUGGGAGAUGACUCCGCAAACUGUGAACGCUUAUUACAAUCCACCUGGCAACGAGAUCGUAUUUCCAGCUGGUAUCUUGCAGCGGCCUUACUUCAACUUGGAUGACCCCGAUUAUCUCAACUAUGGAGGCAUUGGUGUUGUGGUUGGCCAUGAGCUUACACAUGGUUUCGACGAUAAUGGACGACAGUACGACCCCGAAGGCAAACUCCGCCAAUGGUGGACUGACGAAACGGUGGAGGCGUUCAAGGUUAAGGCUCAGUGUUUCAUAGAUCAAUACUCCAACUUUACCGUCAAAGGUCCCAAGGGCGAGGAAGUUCACGUCAACGGAAAACUAACCCUAGGAGAGAAUCUAGCAGAUAAUGGAGGUCUGCGUGAAGCGUUUUCUGCCUGGAAAAGGCGAUUCGAUCAGGAUGUGGACUUACCGGACUCUGAAAAGAAGUGGAACAACGUAAUUCUACCUGGACUAGAGCAUUUGAGUCGAGAGAAAUUGUUUUACGUCAAUUUUGGCCGAGUUUGGUGUGGCAAGUCCACUCCUGCUAAGGCGGUACUUGGGGUACGCACUGAUCCGCACUCUCCCCCAUCAUGGAGAGCCAUGGGAGCGGUUCAGAACUCUGAGCACUUUGCUGAAACGUUCCAGUGUAAGAAGGGAAGCAAAAUGAACCCGGUCAGCAAGUGUGAUCUGUGGUAAAAAGCUUGAGAAAAUGAGAUAAUAAUAAAUGUGUAAAGCCCGUUGUCCUACCCCGAUACCUUGUAAACUCGAACGGGGCGGUUUGAUUGGGUAUCUCAAAUUUAGUGAAUGGAAAUUUUUAGUUUCAGCGCGUACCAGGGCUUGGCUUUCUAUCCCUUCUCUUCUUUCUCUUUAUUCUACUCUAUGCCUCCCAACAACAGGGCCAUAGAGCCUACCCUAUACACAUACAUCACUCGCAAAGAGUUGAAUGAACGGGUGAAGCAAGGAGAACAUUUGAUCAUUUUCAAUGACAAAGUUUAUAAACUCGAUCGCUGGAUCAAGUACCACCCUGGCGGCGAGCUGGCUAUUCGGCAUGUAGUAGGCAAGGACGCUACAGACGAGAUCACUGC